CCGGGUAACGGCGCCAUGACGGGGCGGAGCCACUGCCACCACCUGUCGGCGGCGCAUGCGCACUGGACGGCGGUGAAGUCAGAGGGGCAGCGGUUCGGCUGCGCGUGCGCCGUUGGGGCGCGCGGUGGGCGCGCGCGGCACCUGUGGCAGCGGUCCCCGCCCCCGCCGUAUAGGAGUUCUUCACAAAUCCCUUGCUCGGUUUGGCAUCCCUUCAGAGAUUUGAAUGCAACUCAUUCAGCCUUGCUGUUGCACAACACUCAGUUAAGUGGAUUGUCAAGUUGCCUUGGAAAAACCCCCACAAUAACUCAUCAGAAGAUGUUUCACGUUUUUCAGUAUCGGCCUUUGAGACUAAUAACCCAAAACAGUCUUUCUAGCAUGUGUUUAAAACUGAUGCUUUCAAGACCUGUUGCAUUUGCACAGAUAUGGAAGUCAUGGUUUUCAAGCCAUUCUCUUCUUGGAAACAAAAAUAUUAUCUUGAUGGGACCUCCAGGUGCUGGGAAAACAACGAUUGGGAGAAUAGUAGGCCAGAAACUAGAUUGCCCUGUCAUAGACAUAGAUGACGAUGUCCUUGAAACAUCCUGGAAUAUGAGUGUGUCAGAAAAACUGCAGGACGUUGGUUAUGAGGAAUUUCUAGAGGAGGAAGGAAAAGCCCUGUUGAAUUUUUCAGCAUCUGGAAGUGUCAUUUCCCUUAGUGGGUCCAAUCCAAUGCAUGCUGCUGGCAUGCAGCACGUGAAGAAAAAUGGAAUAGUUGUGUAUCUGGAUGUGCCCACAACAGUCAUUAUGAGCAGGCUGAAAUCAAUGGCAGUGGAUCGCAUCGUGGGCCUGUCUGCUGGUAAUUCUCUCAAGGACAUACUUCAGUUUAGGAAGCCAUUUUACAAAAGGUGGUACGACAUCCGUGUUUUUUGUGGAGAGGAUACUGCAGCAGAGGUUGUAGCAGAAAAGGUACUUGAUGCUGUGAAGAGAUACCAAGACUCAGAACUGGAAACUUUCAUUUCAACUCGGUCUAGUAGGUCUGGAAGGAGUAUGGAAAAAGACUCUCAUAAGUAUUUCAGUGACGUUGUUAUUCAGGGCUUAGCCCCUGAUGGAGGACUCUUUGUUCCUGAGAGACGACUUCCAAAAUUCACUGCUGGAGAAUGGCAAGGUCUGAUAGAAGCAACUUACACUGAAAGAGCUGAGGUCAUACUAGAAAGAUGCAUACAUCCUGCUGAUAUUCCUGCUUCUAAACUGGCAGAAAUUAUUGGAACUGCUUAUGGAGAAAACUUUAGUUGUUCUAAAGUUGCCCCAGUAAGGCAUUUGGCAGGCAAUCAGUUUCUUCUGGAGUUAUUUCAUGGACCAACAGCAUCAUUUAAAGAUUUUGCAUUACAGUUGAUGCCACAUUUAUUUGCCUCCUGCAUUCCCAGAAGCUGCAAUUACUUGAUUCUGGUAGCUACUUCUGGGGACACAGGGAGUGCUGUCCUAGAUGGAUUUAGUCGUCUCCAUGACACUGACAAACAGAGAAUUGCUGUGAUGAAUUUUUUUCCUGAGGAUGGAGUAAGCCCAAUUCAAAAAUCUCAGAUGAUUGGCUGUCAGAAAGAAAAUGCAUGGUCAGUGGGCGUCAAAUCUGAUUUUGAUUUUUGCCAGACAGCUAUAAAGCAAAUCUUUACUAAUUCUGAUUUUACCGGCUUUCUUACAGUAGAAUAUGGAACUGCUUUAGCUGCAGCAAACUCCAUAAACUGGGCACGACUGCUUCCUCAGAUAGUUUAUCAUGCUUCUGCGUACCUUGAUCUUGUUCAUCAAGGUAUUAUUCCUUUUGGAAGCCCUGUGGAUAUUUGCAUUCCUACAGGAAACUUUGGCAACAUAUUAGCGGCUUUCUAUGCUAAAAUGAUGGGAAUUCCUAUCAGAAAAUGUAUUUGUGCUUCCAAUGAAAACAAUGUUUUGACUGACUUCAUAAGAACAGGUGUUUAUGAUUUGAGGGGAAGAAAAUUAAUUCCUACUUUUUCAUCAGCAGUAGAUAUCUUGAAGUCCUCCAAUCUUGAGCGAUACUUGCACCUGAUUGCUAAUGAAGAUGGACAACUGGUAACACAAUUAUUUAACCAGCUGGAAAAUCAGGGCCACUUCCAGCUACGGAAAGAUCUACUUGAAAAACUUCAGCAGGACUUAGUGGCUGGCUGGUGCUCUGAGGAGGACUGUCUAGCUGCCAUUCACUCUGUGUACAGUACUACAGGAUAUAUUUUGGAUACGCACACAGCUGUUGCUAAAGUAGUUGCAGAUCGAUUGCAGGAUAGAACUUGCCCGAUUAUUAUUUCAUCUACAGCUCAUUAUUCUAAGUUUGCACCUGCUAUCUUGAGGGCCUUGAGGAUUGCAGAAAUAAACCAGAAUCCAUUAAGUCAGCUUCACUUGCUGAGUUCUUACAGCGCCCUGCCUCCAAUCCACUGGGGCCUAUUAGAGACCCUGAAAAAGACAGGGAAUGGGGAUCACCAGGUCUGUGCUGCUGAUAUGAGUGUGCUGAUGCACCAUAUAGAAACCUUAAUUCAAAAUCAUUUCAUGAAAGUUUUUUGAGCAACUGAUCCAAUGUCCCCAGUGUCAGUUGCAAUACCUUCUUAACAAGCUGCAUGUUUUACUAAAUCCGUCAUUCACCUGGGCUGUGUCCAGUCCACAGUACAACAUCCACAAUUUUAUACUCAGUUGUCAAGCUUUCAACAGUAUUUGUAAGUAACAUGUGUGAGAUUUCUAGUGGUGGUGAAGGGCUGUGAAUUGAGAGUGUAAAAGACUGGAAUAUCUUUUUGAAGGUCAGACACAGUAGAGAUGCCGGCACUACAGGCUUUCCUUGGCAGUGCUGUCUCCUUCAGAAGCCUGAAGUGUCCUCCAUGGAAGGACACAGAUAAUGAAGUCUGACCUUUCUGAAACUAAUAGCUCUGGUUUUGUUGCAACAAUGAUGUGAUCCUUUGGUCUGUGGGUGAUUAAUUAAACUUUAAUUCAUUUCACUUAGGGCACUGAAACAUAAUAAGAUACUAUAAUAAUGUUCACAUGUUACUAAUGAGAAUGGAUUUCACUACAAAGAUUGAAGUGUAGUUGUAUUGUUAAUCCCUGAACCAUUGAAGAACCAUUGAAUUUUGUGAUAUCUUUUUGUAUAAUGUUUUAUUAUGUAUCAUGAGGCCAGUGUUUAUGUAAAAAAAUCUGGUCUUUUUGUUUUUCACACUUUUUUCUCCCAGAUAUUUUCCUGUGUCAAAUAGAAUACUUGAUUCAAUAUUUUUAAUAUAUUUGAGAUGUGACUCUUCCUCCAGUGUGUUGUGGUCUCUCUCCUGUAUGUUUUCUGUUUCAACUUUCAACUUUAGAAUUCUUUUUUAAUCCCAUAGAAGAAUCUGCUAGUAGUACCAGGGGUCUUCUUAAAUAACAACCAGACCUUGCCUUGUAUUUACAUUUAUUUUUUUGCAUUAUAAGUUUUAUCUUUGACGUCAUAGAGCUUUCUUGUUCUAAUUACUUCUAUUUUCCUAUUUUCUUAAGUUAACGCCCUUGAUGUUCUAUUCGGUUCUUGCUUUGCAUGAAUUAGUGUAAGAAAGAAGCUUCCCAAAUUGCUUGGCAUCUCAUCAAGGAAAGCGAAGGAUGAAUUCCAGUGUGAUAGCAUCAGAGGUAUUCAUUAUGUAACCUAAAAUAGAUCUGUGUGGUUUUGCUAAUGACAGGCUCUUUAUUGUUUUUUUUCUGAAGAAAAAAGAUAGAGUAGGUUGUACUAGGAGAUCAUGUGGUUAUGGAGGAAUGUAUUCUGGUACCUGGGGAUAUAUUUGGCAAUGACAUAAAAUAAACUACAUUUCACACUAA